ACAGUAUAUACAGUCAGUCAGUCAAUCAGUGAAGACUCAGACGGACAGUCAGCCAGACUGAGUAAGGGAGUGAGAGAGUGAGAGCGAGAGCAGCGAGUGAAGAACCGUGGAAGCGCUGCUAGAAUGGUGGCGUCCACGGGACAGUGCUUCUUGCUCUUCUUGGUGGCAUUGUUCCCGACUUUCGAUUGUGGAACUGCCACCAGGGCAUCUUUAGAAAAUGUAGUUUACAGCUUAGAGAAACUAGUCGGAUAUUACAGGCUGAAUUAUAAGCGAAUUAACCUCGACGGUUUAUACGGACUGCGGAUUCUCGAAGGUCAACUGCUACUGAUAGUGUCUGAGCAGGAUAAUGGUCAGCUGAAUCAUAUCUCUCCUUCGCUCCUCAGCCGUUUGAAGAUUCUUCAGAGGCACACGACGAACAUAUGCAAGGAAGCUAUUGAGUUUGUACGCAUGGAUGAGGAAACAUAUUAUCAGAAACUGAAGUAUCUUGUGGAAAGGCCAUGGAUGGUUUUCAAGAAGGAUAGAAAAGUUUCAGAAUCACUUCGCUGGAGUCCUGAUUAUUAUAAACGUGGAAAGGAAUUGUAUGGAGAAAUUGAAGAAAAUACAAGUGAUAACUGCAUGCAAGAAUUAAUUGGUUCCAGUGAGCAUCCUCGAUGUUCUAUCAGCAACAAAUGUGCCCAGAUAAUGACCUGUCGAGGUUUGAUGGAAUAUUCCAUAACUCACCAGUUAUUGUGGUUGAUGCUAGCUGAACAGGUUGGUUGUCUUGCAGAAUUGAACAGAGUGCUGAAGUUGGCCAAUUUCAAAGACCAUGAGCAACUACAAGUAGAAUUCUGUUCCAACAACUUUUUUGAAAUGAAAAACCUGGUUCAUGAUUAUAUGUCUGGAACUAUUCUUCCUAUGUACCAGGAUCUUUUCAUGGAACAACAAUUUGUCUGCCCAAGUAUUGGAUUUUAUGAAUUUUUACACUUGAAUUAUCUGCAGCAGAUUCUAUCUUGGCAAAAAGAAAGUGGUUGUUUUGGUAUAAUGCCUCCAGUGAAACCUAAAAACCUUAAGGAGAAUUUCUUUAUCAAUAAAAAGUUUGAGGAGUAUUAUUAUGAUCAGAAUGAUGCAAGUAUAAAAGAUAAGACAGAAAUGAAAGAGCCAAAACCUCUGAAUUUUCCAGAACACAAGGCUGCUUCCAUUCGUUUUGUAAAUAGAUUAACAGCUCCUACAGGAAUACUAAACAAUGUGAAAACUAUAUCAAACAAACCCCAAAAUUUAUUAAUACAACCAAUGCCAGCUAAACUUGUACAGAAAAUCUCAAAUAAUAAACUUUCUGACAUUGGUGCAGAACCGUUGAAGCCCAUUUUAAUGAAUGCAUCCCGUAAAUCAGACAAAAAUGUUGCUAUUGUGAAUUUACAAAACUCAAAUAAAGUAAAAAAUCAGAGUGAAAUUCAUUUACAGCUUGUGCAACCUAAGGAUCAGAGGAUUAAACCACAAGCGCAACGUAGACUUCUGGUGGAGAAAGAGCUAAGUGGUGGCUGUCUGAGUCACAAGACUGCUGUUGCCAGUGGCGCCUUGGUGAUUUACUUAAAUUUCUUGCUUCACCACAGUCUGGAUCAGCUGAACCAUUCUGAUACUGUCUGGCAUUCUGUGAACCAGCGUCUUUUGUUAAAUACUGCUUCAAAAACCACCACCAAUUCCUUGCCUCCAGUACUCCAGCCUGGCCAUUUAAAGAAGGUUCAGCCAGUUUUUCCCAAUGAACAGAAACCAGUACCAUUGGGUGGUGAUUCCAAUUCCUUUGUCCAACAAGAAACUGUCAUUAAGAAAAGCUUCCAAGAACCAGUUCUUGGAGACAUGGGAAUAGAAAGGGAUAAUAAAAAAGAUGGCGUCCAGGAAGAUGACUAUGAAGAAUACGAAAACGAUAAGUUUCUGAAUGAAAAUUACAGAGACAAGAAAGUGGUCCAUUUUGGCAAUAAUAAAGAAUCAUUGAAAGCCUUGGAUGAAAACGGUGACGGUUACGAUGACGACAGCCUAGAUGAGGAAGAUGAAGACGGUGACUACACUUACUAUGAUGAAAAUGAAGAAGAUACCGCACGUCAGGAAAAAAUAAACAAGCAACAAAAAUUCUUGCAAAAUUUGGCACCUGACAAGAAACAAAUUUUACCUCGACUUGCACGUAACUCUGGUUUUCAUGGACGAUCUUCGCAGGAAAACCAAGAGACUUUUGGAAAUAAUUCCUCACCGACAGGAAUUAUUUUAAUUACAGUAGUUUUCAUAAUAACUGUUUUACUUUUACUUAUGUAUAGAUUUAUCAAAAAACGAAGAAUUCACAUCAGAUAUAACCCUAGGACAUUUCUGAAAUUAUAAACCAUUUGAGAAGAAAAGACUUUGGUAGAUAAUUUUUGAUAAAUGGGUGUCUGGUACAUUUUAUUUUAUUUUAUUUUAUUUUAUUUUAUUUCAAAAAAUCCCUUCCAUGCUCCACACCCCCUAUGUCAGCCCCACCCCACCCAAUCUACCACCACUCCUCCCUCUAUAACUACCUUUCUUUCUAAACUUCUCUCAGUUGCGUCGGACUCUACUCAAACUUAUUUGUCUCUAGUUGAUGCCAUUCUUUGAUUAUAAGAGGCGAUGAGUGUUUGAGAUUGAUUCUGGGUGCAUGCAUAUGUGUAUUGGCAGUGUAAUAUCUUUACACACCACACACACACACACACAUACAUAUAUAUAAAUAUGUAUAUACAUAUAUAUGUAUGUGUUUGUGUGUGUGUGUGUAUAUAUAUAUAUAUAUAUAGUGAGAGAAAGUUGUCUUAGAAUCCAUAAUUCAGAAAGAUAUGUACUCAUAAAUUUUGGUAUAUUAAUCAAAAUAUACUGUAUUAUAGAUCUAUAAUCAGUUUUGCACAGGGUAUUAAGUAAGCAGCAGAUUAUCUUAAUACCUGCACUCAUUAGAGAUGGUCAGUAUGUAAAGAAGAAAGAAAAAUUCCUAUUUUCUCCAUACCAGACACCUCUGAUGAGCACAAGUAUUAGAUGAUCAUGAUUACCUAAUAUCCUGUGUGAAACCUAUUAGUAAGAUCACAUAUUAUGGAUCUAGAACACUGUGUACUUUGCUUAAUAUAUAUAUAUUAAUAUAUAUAUAUAUAUAUAUAUAUAUCAAAUAAAAUGGAAUUAAUAAAACUGAGCUGGAUCCUCAAUUAUCACUUGAUUAAUAUACUGGCUAAUAGGGUGUAUAGAAGUGGACAAUUUCUAUAAAGGAAACUAUUCAUACAUACUAAAGGAGUAUAGAACAUAAAGUCCAAGAAUGGAAUUUAUGAUAAUUACAUUUAUUCCUUACUUAUGUGCACUUCAACAAUAAAUGGAAAAUAUAUUUUUGCAUGACCAUUAUAUUCUGAAAAAAUAUAUAUAUUAUAGGUAUUGUUGAAAUGCACAUGACUAAAGAAUAUAUGUAAUACCAUAAAUUCUGUUCCUGGACUUAAUAUCUUCAUAUAUAGUCUCUAAAAUUCCAUGUUUAUAAGUCAGUUUUACACCAGGUAAUCGGACUAUUUUUUUCCAUACCUGCCACCUCUGAUGAGCGCAGUUGUUAGGUAAUUUUCUGAUUACCUAAUAUCCAGUGCAAAACCAAUUGGUAAGAUCAGCUGUAAUGAAUCUAUAAUAUUGUAUACUUAAACUAAUAAUAAUGAUAAUGAUAAUAUGUGUAUGUAGUAUAUACACCAAUGUGUCAAUAUGGUUUACAUGUAGGUUUCACAACUCAGCUACGAUUACAUUUAAUCCCUUUAGAAGUAUGUGUAACACCAAAUAGACAGAAGAA